AUGAAGGUGCCCAGGAACGGCCGGGAAGAUCGGGUCAGGCCAGAGCUUGUCAGGGUCGACAGCCUGGUUGGCGGGAACUUGGAAGGGGAAGCGAAGCGCCAAAGAUCAGAGGGAGACGAGGCAACGCUGGCAGCGAAGGUGACGGUGACGGGUGACGACAGACAGACGGACGGACGGACAACUCAGACUCUGACUCUGACUCUGGAGACAGUGGAAGAGGAAACGAGCCGCCUUCCAAGGUUGGUUUGGGUCACUUGGGUGCGCCUGCUGGAUCCCUGGGGAAAUGCCCAGCCGAGGCUAGCCCGGUGGCGCCUGGUGGCUGCGAAUGGCGGCCAAUCAGCGUCGCGAUGGCCCCUUCGCCUAGGCCUCUUUGGGCAUGGCCGCAUUGGUGCUGUUGCAAGUCGGUUGUGCAUCCUCCCACAAGUCUGCGCAUCAAAAUUGGAUUGGGAGAGAGUUAAAGACAGCAGCAACGAAUAUAACGGGAAUAGUUGA